CCUUGUCGUCUGCUACGCAUAUCAUAACCCUAUCCAAAAAUGACACAAGCGUUGAACAAAUUACUGCUCAAUAGACUUAUUUAUAUUUUGCCUAAAAACAGUAAAAGAUUUGCCGGUCAUAGCAAAUGGCAGAAUAUAAAGCAUACAAAGGAAGAAAAUGAUAACAGACGGAUGGUACUGUUCCAUCAUCUGAAGGCACGAAUGAUGGUUGCAAUACAAGAGGGUGGCACUGCAAACCCAAGUAAUAAUUUAAAAUUAUCACAAGUCAUUGAACGAGCUAAAAAAGCAAACAUGCCUGUGGCAUCAAUAAAGUCUUUGCUCGAAAAAAUGGAGGCACGGAAAAACAAGACUCAAACAGGUGUAACAGAAGUUCGUGGACCAAAUGGCUACGUCAUGCUUGUAUGUUAUAUAACGGAUAAACCCAAGGCAUUCCUAAUUGAGCUUAAUUCAAAACUUAAAAAAACCAAAGGAAAAGCUACGAAUACUUCUGUCAAAAACAUGUUUAUUCAUACAGGCAGUAUCAUAGUUGAAAAGAAAGAUAAUUUGGAACAAGCUAUGGAGGAUGCUAUUAACAUUGGUGCGGAAGAUGUAGAGAAAUUCAUGGAAAAUGAUAUGGAAUAUUUCCAGUUUAAAUGCGAUCCGAAACUUUUAAACAAAAUAAAAUGUCUUUUAGAAGAUCGUAAAUACUGUGUACUUUCAGCAGAAGAAGAUUAUAUACCACGAAUUAUAAUAAAAUUAAAUGAAUCAGAUUUAGAAGCUGUUUCUUAUAUCCACGAGAAAGUUUUGAGCUUAGAAGAUGUCAGUAAGAUACAUGAUAAUUUAGCUUAAUUUAUAU